AUGUCUUCUUCUCACAUGGACAUGGACGAUCCGGAGACCCUCCUCGAGGGCUCCCAAAAGACCCCAAAGAAGACACCCAAGAAGCCCCUCCAAUAUCCCGCCGACAUCCCUCGCCUCACUCGGUUCGAUGGAACUGACUGGUCUAAGCUCUCCGUCGACAUCAUCAAGGAGCAGCUCAUGAUGCGCAACGUCCCCACCGACGGCCGGAAGCAGGUCCUCGUCAACCGCCUGCAGAACUGGCAGACCUACUACGACGGCCAGACAGUCGACGUCCGCCCCGUCGCCGAGGGCUUUGAUCCCGCCGACGAGGGCGCCAGCUCCACCCCCAAGAGCACGAAGAAGCAACGCAACGGCGUCCCUGUCAACGACCAUAGACACAUCAUGUCCACCAAGAAGGCCAUGACCCAGCGCAUGUACAUCAUCAAGCAGUACGCCAACGACGAGUGGGGUAACCCGAAUCGGCUCUCGCUCGCUGUCCGUGGAGCCGGCGACGACAUGUACACCGUCACUAUUGCGCAUGAGACGUCGUGCACUUGUUCCGCUGCCAAAUUCAACCCGCGAAGCAACUGCAAGCAUGUCAUCUAUGUCCUUACGCACGUCUUGCGCGCUCCUGCCGAGAUUCUCCCUCAGAGGAGGAUCUCCGACGACGAGCUCGCCACGAUCUUUGCUCGCGCCCCAAAGAUCCGCCCUACCCAGGCCGAGAUCGACAACGACCCGGCCUUCAAGGAUGGCGUUCCCAAGUCCAAGGAGGGCAAAGACUGCAUCGUCUGCUACCAGGCGUUCGGCGACUUGGAGACGGUAUGCUGCGGUACUUGCGGCCACUACGCCCACACCGGAUGCUUCGCCACAUUCGCACGCGAGAGCAGCGGCUGGGGUACCAAGUGCCCUACCUGCCAGGCCAAGUGGAACCCCGCUGGCAAGUCGGAGCAGGAUGUUUGA